AGUUAUAUAUAUAUAUAAAUCAUUGUGCCACAAAGCUUGUAUACAUAUACCGACAACAUAUAGCUCACGCGCACUUUCGUGCAACCUUACCUUCUCAUCAGACCUGAAACCAACUCAAGAUGGAGUAUAGUGUUGUUUUAGUUAUGUUGCUAGCUGUGGCAUUUGCUAUAAACAGUCACGAGGAUCAUACGUACGAUAAUCUUCAAACUGAAGUUUCGGCUUUGAAGAAAUUCGUAUUUAAUAUGAACGUUGAAUUGGAUAAGGUCCGAAAAAAGUAUGAUGACAUGCACCAGGAGCUCAGGGUAGUCAGAAAUGAACGCCAGGCUGCGGACACGUUUCCCAAAACACCGCAACCAGACGCAUUUGACAACUAUCCAAAACGCAACGAAGACAAUGGGGAGACAACUCGACUGAACAAGAGAGCGGCGGCGUAUACGCCCACAUUACAAUUGUCUAAUGUUUGGAAUGGAUCGAAAGCAGCAUUCGGGCCGAAAGGUGAAAAGGGAGAACCGGGCCCCCAGGGACUUCAAGGGGUCAAGGGACCAGUCGGGCCCCCAGGGUCAAAAGGGGACAACGGACUGAAAGGAGACGUCGGGAAAAUUGGAAUCGUUGGACAGAAAGGGAACGUAGGAACACCUGGAUCAAAGGGACAGAAAGGGGACAACGGGAGUCCUGGUAUUACUGGAUAUAGAGGACCAAAAGGGGACAGUGGGAGUCCUGGUAUUCCUGGACAUACGGGACCAAAAGGGAACACAGGAUAUACAGGUUUGAAUGGGUUACGUGGACCGAAAGGAGAGAUUGGACACAUCGGGCGACCAGGCCAGAAAGGUGAACCAGGAACAGGCCAGCAAGUCGCUUUCUUUGCCAUAACCGAUAUACGCAUUCAAAGUACUUAUAUGACGAUCACCUCCAACACUGUCCCCACCAAUGUAGGUCUUGAUUACAACCAAUCUACUGGUAUAUUCACCUGUGAAGUGCCAGGAACUUACAUGUUUACGAGUUCCCUUGAAGUCAGUCAGCUACAAAACGUGUAUUCUCAGAUUUAUGUUCGUGGAACUUCAUGGAGCGACCUUGCUCUUUCCGGAACCUAUUGGAAUUCGGGAAGUCAAACAAUAAUAGCCACCCUUUUCCCUGGACAAAUUGUAAAUGUUAUUUUCAAAUCUCGCGACAACACCGUGGAUAAAAUCACGAUUCAUUUCUCUGGCGUUCUAAUGUUUUAAGACAUAAUUAAAAAGUUAUUUU